CCCGGGCGGCGCCAUCUUGCGCGGCGGCGCUGAUUGGGUCGGGGCCGCGGCGGAGCCAAUCAGCGGGACCGGACCGGGCCGCGCCGCACGCUGCUGUGAGCUCCUCCUGAUCUCCAAGCCCUGGCACAGCACUCAGCUGCCUUUUCACCCUCUCUUGCCAGACCCAGAGGCUGAGCCCUGUGCCAUCGCCCGUGCCGGGAGCGCAGCCAUGGAGCAGUACACAGCCAGCAGCAGCAGCUCCACAGAGCAGAUCGUGGUGCAGGCUGGGCAGAUCCAGCAGCAGCAGCAGGGAGGUGUCACUGCUGUCCAGCUGCAGACUGAGGCCCAGGUGGCAUCGGCCUCAGGCCAGCAAGUCCAAACCCUCCAGGUAGUGCAGGGGCAGCCUCUGAUGGUGCAGGUCAGCGGGGGCCAACUGAUCACCUCCACUGGGCAGCCUAUCAUGGUGCAGGCCGUGCCUGGGGGCCAGGGCCAGACCAUCAUGCAGGUGCCAGUCUCUGGCACGCAGGGCCUGCAGCAGAUUCAGUUGGUCCAGCCAGGUCAGAUUCAGAUUCAAGGUGGGCAGGCUGUGCAGGUACAGGGGCAGCAGGGCCAGACCCAGCAGAUCAUUAUACAGCAGCCACAGACUGCAGUUACUGCUGGCCAGACACAGAGCCAGCAGCAAAUAGCAGUUCAAGGGCAGCAGGUGGCACAAGCAGCUGAAGGCCAGACCAUAGUCUAUCAGCCAGUCAAUGCUGAUGGGACCAUUCUGCAACAAGUCACAGUCCCUGUUACAGGCAUGAUCACCAUCCCUGCAGCCAGCCUGGCUGGGGCACAGAUUGUCCAAACAGGAGCCAGCACCAACACCACCAGCAGUGGGCAAGGAACGGUCACAGUGACGCUGCCGGUGGCUGGGAACGUUGUCAACUCGGGCGGCAUGGUCAUGAUGGUCCCUGGAGCUGGGUCGGUGCCAGCUAUCCAGAGGAUCCCUCUGCCCGGGGCAGAGAUGCUGGAGGAGGAGCCUCUCUAUGUCAAUGCCAAGCAGUACCACAGGAUCCUCAAGAGGAGGCAGGCUCGGGCCAAGCUGGAGGCUGAGGGGAAGAUCCCCAAAGAGAGAAGGAAGUACCUGCACGAGUCGCGGCACCGCCACGCCAUGGCCCGGAAGCGCGGCGAGGGGGGACGCUUCUUCUCGCCCAAGGAGAAGGACAGUCCCCACCUGCAGGAUCCCACCCAGGCCAAUGAGGAAGCCAUGACACAGAUGAUCAGAGUCUCCUAACCUGAAGCAAGCAGCAGCUGAUGCAUUCCCCUCCCUUCUGCCCUGCCUUUCCAGUGCAUCCAGUGAGCCCCAGGGGGACAAUCAGCACCCCAGGCUGUCCUGCUCUGCAGAGCUGAACUGCAGUGACUCAAACAAUCUUCACCACUUCCCUGGUUUGCUCUUCUGGCCCAGCACAAGGAUUUCAGCCUCUGACUGCUCAUUGCCUUCUCCUUCCUCUUUUAAUCAUCUCCUGCAGUAGGAUUGGCCAUGGGUGAGAGUCUGCCAGUGCCUCAGAGAGCAGCAGGGCCUGGCAUUCUGGAGCAGGGCCAGCAGAGACCUCCUGGAGUCCCAACCCCUCUGUACAGAGACAUCCUCCAGCUGACAGCAACCAGCACUGAGGUGGUUGCACCGCAGCCCUUUGCCUGGCAGAGACUUGGUCUUGGCACCUGCUCCUUCUUACACCUCUGGACUUCAGCUCACCUGUGCCCUGUUGUUGCUCCACACCUCUGAACUGGCAGGAGCUGGAGGGUCCUUCCUUGAGUCCAGCCUGCGACAUCCAGCAGCAGCAGGCCCCUCUCUGGGGAGGGCUCAGCCCUCCAGAGCCAGUGCUGCAGAGACUUCAGAGUUAUUCCAGGCUUGGUAGCUUGUGUGGCUGUGGCAAGAAGUGGGAGGGGAUGAGGUGGGGAGAAGGAUUUAAUUAGGAAGAUGAAUUAGGAUUUAAUAAGUAAAAGCAAUCCCUGAGUGGGCUUUGACUUGUUCAGUGCCAGCAGCUGUUGCUUUGGAAGGGAAGUGAGUGCCAGUAGAGAAAGGAUUAAGACUCUGCAGCGAGUCCCCUCCAGAUUCUUUUGCUGUUGUUGUUUGAACUCUCCCUUCGGAGCUGCCAGUGCAGGGCCUGGCUCCAGAGCACAAACAGCUGCACUUGAGAGGUGUUUUUUUUGUCCCCUUCAUACCCAGCUUGUCUGGUCCCUUGCUGUAGGAUGUGUGAAGAGCUCUGGGGCUGUGUUGCAGAGGAAGUCUUCUGGGUACUGUCUCAGUGGUGAUGUGGAAGCCUGGGAGCAGCUCUCCAGGUUUUCCUUUGCUUCUCAACUUAGUCUGCUGAGGUUGGAGGCUGAGGGCACCACCACCUCACCAGAAGCUUCUUCCUUUUCCUGAGCCAAUUUGUGACGUUGGAGAUGUCCUCAAGGUCAAAGCUCUGAGAAUUCACUCUGGAUGGGCUACACCAGAGCAAAACCUGCUGCUGGAGUCCAUCGGGAGUGGGUGAGGAUGAAAGAGGCUGGUGGAGAACUGUGGUCAGCUGACCCAGAGAGCUCUGCAGCAGCAAGCCCCACUUGGAGAGGUGUGGAGAAUGGUCCUCGAGUGAUCCUGAAUGGCUUUAAGGCUCCUUGCAUGAUAAAUGGGGUGGGGGGGAACAAGAAAAGCUCUGAGUGGGUGAGGGGGGCACUGAGAUGAUGGAAGGCAGAGGCUGUACAGAGGUCAAAGUUUCUGAUUCUUUUCUAUCUGCUGCAUUUUUUCAGGUGUAUUUUGGUCUUUAACAGAUGCCACUGUAAGUACUGUGUACAGCUAAUAAAGGUUUCUGAACCAGC